GCCAGUGACAGCCCGAGCUUGUCUAGAGACAACCAAGUGAGAGGGAACUUAAGCAACUACGGGAAGGAUCCGACGCCGAAACUUUGACUUUGUAUCCGAGGAAGUUUUGCCACGUGUAGAAUAAGCGCAAGCAUGAAGUCCAUGUACCACCAGCUGUUAAGUCUUCUCUUCGUCCUCGGCAGCCUGCAGAUCAACCAGUUGACAGAGGCUUGCUCGUGCGCACUGUCGCACCCACAAGAGGCGUACUGCAACUCAGAUAUAGUGAUCCGUGCCAAGGUCGUGGGCAAAAAGCUGUUGAAGGAUGGCCCCUUCGGCACCAUGAGAUACACCAUUAAACAGAUGAAGAUGUACAAAGGCUUUGAGAAAAUGCAACACGUCCAACACAUCUACACCGAUGCUUCAGAGAGCCUCUGCGGAGUGAAGUUCGAAAUCAACAAAUACCAGUACCUGAUCACAGGCCGCGUCUUUGAUGGAAAGGUCUACACCGGCCUGUGCAACUUCAACGAGCGUUGGGAGCGCCUCUCCCUGGCCCAGAAGAAGGGCAUCAACCACCGCUACCAGCUGGGCUGCAACUGCAGGAUUAAACCCUGUCACUACCUGCCAUGCUUUGUGACCUCAAAGAACGAGUGCCUGUGGACGGACAUGCUGUCCCACUUCGGCUACCCCGGCUACCAGUCGAGACACUACUCCUGCAUUCAGCAGAAGGAGGGCUACUGCAGCUGGUAUCGGGGGAUGACCACACGCGACAACACCACCGACCCUUAAAAACCCGUAACCCCCACGCCGCCGAAAUUCACCCCCCCCCCUUCUUCCAACCCCACCUUGCCUUCCCAUCCCACUCUCCGACCCUCAUUUUUCCCAACAUACUCCCAACAAUGCAUCCUCUCACCACCACCACCACCACCACCACCACCACCAAUAGAGCGAUUGAUGUAUGUGGGACUUAACUCUUGAUCCAAGUAAGCAGUGCCUGAUAUCUGCAGUAGUAGCAGUUUUGAUAUAGACCGUACCCUUUACCUGACACACUGUACAUUUCCAACUUGCUCAAAUCCCUCAAUCUGCAUGCUUCUGUGACACCCCCACCCCCUCCCAGCACACACACACACACACACACUUGAGAAGACAACAUCCCUUGACACUCCCCCCUUAAGAGAGAAAGGAGUACACUUUUAGGUUUGGAGGUCUUUCUUCAUAAUGGAAAUAUGUCUCAGAACAUAUAUGUAAUGUUAUGUAAAAAACCCGUACAUUAGGUUAAAGGGUAAUUCAUAGCCUUACAAAAGCAUAAGACAGGAGAGACUUCUGACAUCAUGUAUAUCUUCAUUAGUGAGUCCCAAUAACGCAUCGUCACUAUUGAGAGAGCAGUGUUAACGGUGAGGUAUGAUUGUAAGACCCAUGCCUCGUCAAUUUGUCAAAAAAAUAUUUUUGUUUAAGUCAGAUGUAUUGGUAUUUAAUUGUUUUGAAUGAUAUAAGUUUAUAUGUACGUAUAGACAUGUGUGCAUCUGUUCAGUGUAUUGUGUAAAGUAUUUAUGAUUUAUCAAAUUCUGCCACCCUUUUUGUGCUGUAGAGUUCAGCAAUUUAUCCAUAACCAAAUCCACAGAAAACUGUAUAUGUACUCUAUCACUAAUAUUCAAUUGAGUUUCUAAUCCUCCAAACUGUAAACAAAACAUAUGGGAGUCAGAUUAAACUUUAUAGCACAAAUAGAGGGAAUUAUAUAUAUUCAAAUUACAAAGACAUUGUUGCAAUGUAAUUUUAUUGCUGUUUGAUAAGCUACAAAAAUAUGAAUGCUGCCAUGACUGAAAAUUUCCCAUCAAGCUUACAUUUCCCAAAUCGAACAUAUAAGAAAACAAUGACUCUGUAUCCCAAUAUAUGGUUUUACUAAGGUAAAACUAUUUUAACAAACUCCUCCAUCAAUAUCUGAAUGUGUCUUGACAGGCUGGAAGUAGAUGUGAUAUCACGCAGUGAUAAAAUGUCCUUAAAAUGAAACCAACAGAAGCACUGCUUUAACUCCGGGCUCAUGUUUUGACCUGCUGAUUUCUCCAGCGGAACGAUCUGUUUAUGUUAUGAUCAACAGAUAUAGCAAUCUGAUGUUUUAAACCAGGUGGACAAAUUCAUGGCUCCACUCAGAAACCAAAUUCCCCAUGCACUGAAUCUACCACAAAAAGUGUCAGUGUUGACUUCUAUUAUGUUCAGUUUGUGGAAAGUGGUAUUGAAUUAUUAUUAAUGUAUAUGUGAAAAUCAUGCCCUGUGACACACACACAUACACAACAAAUCUGAAAAAGACAAAUGCCCACAACUGAAUCGCAGAGGAUACUUGCAAUUUAUUUUUUUUUAUUUCAGCAACAACUGAUUGCCAUGUCUGUAUUUUUGUAUUAGUUUUCAGUGGUGGUACUUCUGUCUUUCAUAAAUUCUGCUUUGGUACUACCAUGAGGUUUUUUCUUCUGAUAAUAAUCCACAAAACAGUAAUUUCUUCAAUAGCGUUACAGUAAAUCAUGUCAAAAACGCUCAAAUCACUGAACGCAACUGGCCUCACAAUUUGAGAGGUUUUUGACGGUAUCUUCGGUCCAUUCCCUUGCAAGAGUGAGAUUUCUUAGGACGAGAGAUGACUAGACUGCUUUGUACAGCACCGAUGCUGCCAUGCCCAUUUGUGUGCUUAAGAUGGGUUCAAGGCCAUAUUUCAGACAUUUCACAUUUGUGCAAUUCUUUACAGUCACUUAAAAUCCAUUUAAUUUAUAUUACACUGCCGCAUAACUUAUGGAAGACAUACUCUCUUUCAUACUGUAUGUAUAGGGCCUGUUGUAUUUAAGAACAGUAACAGCAGUGGAGAUGUCGCUUCAAAGAGAAGCACCUACUCUGCCUCAGCAGAGUUGAGUGGCUCUGAAUGUCUCGACAAAUAUUCGGUCUAAAUAGACCUGCCAGGCCAUUUAGUUUUGACCUCUCCCUUGAGAAGAUGUGCGUAACUGCCCUGUCAGAUCCAGCUGACAGUCACUGAUAACUUCUUUAGGAUCUGGAAGCAGUUUAGACAGUCUCCAGACCUCAAGUGCAGCAGCUGGGCUUUGAUACAAAUGGCCUCGUUUCCCACAACGUGAUAACGAUAAGUCAAAAAAGUCGCAAAACACUCCAACAACGCCUCCAUAUUCAGACCUACCACUGUGCCUGUGCGCACACACGCUGAUUGAUGAACACUGCACACACACACACACACAUUUGGUCCAGGCCUACUUUCAAAGCUCCUGGGGUACGAGGGGUGUUUGUUCCAGUGACACUGUAAUCAGCCAUCUGGUUGUAGAUUAAAGCAUCUUUGCUCUUGUCUAGACGCUAGCAUCUGUUCCUCUCUCGUCCUGUGUAGUGGUUUCAUCUAAAGACCAUCUUAAGUGAGACCACCUCACAAGAAAAUGAAGUAUCUCAGUCUAUUUUGUUUUGUUUUGUUUUGUUUUCUUUAUCAUUUGUUUCUUGCUUUUGUUUUUGUUUGUUUGUCUGUUUGUUUUCUAUUUUAUUUCAUCUUUGUGUAAAUAUACUGCUUAACAGAAGAAUGCACCAUGGUAAAGGUAAAACUGUCUGUUUUUUUUGGAAAACGAAACAGUGAGUAUAGAUGGGAAUUAUGUACAGUGCAUUGAGAGUGAAACACACUGAUUCCUAAAGAAACAACAGAUAUCGUGUAGGCUUACAGAUUGUUUUACUUUUAAUUUCUGUGUUUUAUAUUUUUAUAAUAAAGAUUUAAUUAAAAAUG